UUUGGCCGGAAGGCGAGGGAUGAAUGUCGAUGCUGUCAGCCCAGCUCACACGGUGAGCGUGGCUUGAGCCUGGCUGGAUGUCUAGGAGACAGGCAGCGGAGGCAGCAGCGUCUUCCUGCGCUCUGUUAUUUCACCAAACCUUGGGAAUACCGCCGGGCAGAGUAAACAUUACAACUGCUAAUCACUAGCUCUGAAAGAAAACAGCGCUUCACUUGGGGAUCUGGGCAAAAUCAGCCCUCCUGCCUCCGCCUCCCUCCCCCCCUCCGCUCCCUCGCUAGCUCGCUCAGCCCGGCGGCAGCUGAUUAGAGAGCAGGGAACAUUCCCUCGCUGGCUCGCCGCUCUCUCCCUCUCUUUGUCUCUUCCUCCUUUUCCUCCCCCUUCUCCACUCCUCUUCACAGUUUCUCGCCCCUCUCGGGGUCUCUGCUCCCUGAGGGCGGGGGGAGCUCCUUCCUCUAAGGCUGGAGCUGACGAGCCGCUGCCCUGUUCAGUCGCCUCCCCUCUGCCCGGCUUUCUUCAGGGGGCAUUUCCACAGCGGCGGUGAGGGCUAGGAGAAGAAAGUUGUGGAGCUCCUGAGAAGAUGGGACUUUCUCCUUCGCCCUUCUCCUGGGCGCUCCUCACCCUGGCGCUGGCCCUCGCAGUGCUGGCGUUCCCCGAUGAGACCCUGGACAAAGUCCUCAAGUCCGAGGGCUACUGCAGCCGCAUCUUGCGCGCCCAAGGCACCCGCCGGGAGGGCUACAAUGAGUUCAGCCUCCGGGUGGAAGGGGACCCGGAAUUUUACAAGCCGGGCAACAGUUACCGGGUGACUCUCUCUGCUGCUACUCCCUCCUACUUCAGGGGUUUCACCUUGAUUGCUCUCAAAGAGAACAAAGAGGGAGAUAAAGAAGAAGACCAUGCUGGGGCUUUCCAGAUCAUAGAUGAAGAAGAAACACAGUUCAUGAGUAACUGUCCUGUGGCUGUCACAGAAAGCACACCACGGAGGAGGACACGAAUUCAGGUUUUCUGGACAGCUCCACCUGCUGGUACAGGCUGUGUGAUUCUAAAGGCCAGCAUUGUGCAGAAGCGCAUAAUUUACUUUCAAGAUGAGGGUUCUCUCACCAAGAAACUCUGUGAACAAGAUUCAACAUUCGAUGGAGUGACUGAUAGACCAAUCUUAGACUGCUGUGCAUGUGGAACUGCUAAAUACAGGCUCACGUUUUAUGGAAAUUGGUCAGAAAAGACUCACCCAAAGGAUUAUCCACGCCGGGCCAACCAUUGGUCAGCAAUUAUUGGUGGAUCACAUUCCAAGAACUAUGUGCUGUGGGAAUAUGGUGGUUACGCUAGUGAGGGAGUUAAGCAAGUUGCAGAAUUGGGCUCUCCAGUAAAAAUGGAAGAAGAAAUUCGGCAGCAGAGUGACGAGGUUCUCACCGUCAUUAAAGCUAAAGCACAGUGGCCAGCCUGGCAGCCUCUCAAUGUGAGAGCAGCACCCUCAGCUGAAUUCUCUGUAGAUAGGACUCGACACCUAAUGUCCUUCCUGACCAUGCUUGGUCCUAGCCCAGACUGGAAUGUUGGCUUGUCUGCAGAGGACCUCUGUACCAAGGAAUGUGGCUGGGUUCAGAAGGUGGUCCAAGACCUAAUUCCAUGGGAUGCUGGCACUGACAGUGGAGUCACCUAUGAGUCACCCAAUAAGCCAACAAUUCCUCAAGAGAAAAUCCGGCCUCUGACAAGUCUAGAUCACCCUCAGAGUCCUUUCUAUGAUCCUGAGGGAGGUUCCAUCACUCAGGUAGCAAGAGUUGUCAUCGAGAGAAUUGCACGAAAGGGGGAACAGUGCAACAUCGUGCCUGAUAAUAUCGAUGAUAUUGUGGCUGAUCUGGCUCCAGAAGAGAAAGAUGAAGAUGAUACCCCUGAGACCUGCAUCUAUUCCAAUUGGUCCCCAUGGUCAGCCUGCAGUUCAUCUACAUGUGACAAAGGCAAGAGGAUGCGACAACGCAUGCUGAAAGCUCAACUUGACCUCAGUGUCCCAUGCCCUGACACGCAAGACUUCCAGCCAUGCAUGGGUCCUGGCUGCAGUGAUGAAGAUGGUUCCACCUGCACCAUGUCAGAAUGGAUCACCUGGUCACCAUGUAGCAUCUCCUGUGGCAUUGGGAUGCGUUCCCGCGAGAGAUACGUGAAACAGUUCCCUGAGGAUGGGUCUGUAUGCACUGUGCCCACCGAGGAAACGGAAAAGUGUACUGUCAAUGAGGAGUGCUCUCCCAGCAGCUGCCUUACAACUGAAUGGGGAGAGUGGGAUGAAUGCAGCGCCACCUGUGGGAUGGGCAUGAGAAAACGACACCGCAUGAUCAAGAUGAGCCCAGCAGAUGGCUCCAUGUGCAAGGCAGAAACCAGCGAGGUGGAGAAGUGCAUGAUGCCAGAGUGCCAUACCAUCCCUUGCUUGCUAUCUGCAUGGUCGGAAUGGAGUGACUGCAGUGUGACCUGUGGGAAGGGAAUGAGGACCCGCCAGAGAAUGUUGAAAUCUCUUGCUGAGCUUGGAGACUGUAACGAAGAGCUGGAGCAGGUGGAGAAGUGCAUGCUGCCUGAGUGCCCCAUUGACUGUGAGCUCACCGAAUGGUCCCAGUGGUCUGAAUGUAACAAGUCUUGUGGGAAAGGCCAUAUGAUCAGGACCCGGAUGAUCAAGAUGGAGCCACAGUUUGGAGGAGCUCCCUGUCCAGAAACUGUGCAACGGAAAAAAUGCCGAAUUAGGAAAUGCCUCCGAAACCCAUUGAUCCAGAAAAUGCGCUGGAGAGAGGUCCGUGAAAACAGAAGGAGUGAACCCCUGAAAGAAGAGUCUGAUGGUGAGCAGUAUCCAGGCUGUAGGAUGCGUCCAUGGACCGCCUGGUCAGAAUGUACCAAACUGUGUGGGGGUGGAAUUCAGGAGCGCUACAUGACCGUUAAGAAGAGAUUUAAAAGUUCCCAGUUUACCAGCUGCAAAGACAAGAAGGAGAUAAGAGCAUGCAAUGUUCACCCUUGUUAGCAAGACACCAGCCUAAGAAGUAACACACUCUGGGCUCAAUGAAAAGUUGGUUUGGGUUUGGAUUUUUUUUAAAAAGAGAGAUACAAAUUGUGUAUAUUAGUUUUCAUUUUUGCGGUGUGGUUUGCUUUCUAGGCUUGCUGGUGCAGGCAAUGAGUACCUUUUGCAAAUACUUCCUCACAGAUGUGUGUGCUGGGCAUGGCCUCCCAGCUAGCCCUUUAGUGAAGAAAAAAAAAAAUCCUAGUGGGUCAUUGUGAGUCACUGAAUACUAAAACAGACUGUCUCCAUGACUGUACAGGAGAAGUAGACCAGUGUUCUAGGAGAGAAACAGGCAGAAAGAGGAAGUGGAAAGAUAAGAAAAACUGAAAUAAGGCAACUUGUUUUACAUGUUUCGCAUCUGAGCAUUUGAACAGGAGUUAAUGCUGCCUGAGCAGUGUGUUAAUGACAGCCCAGGGGUAUGGAAAGGUCAAAAGUCAUUUUCUGCCAGACCAAAGGGACCACUCUCCUUUUCUUCCCUCAUGUAAAUCAAUCUUCUUUAGGACCAUGGUCCAUUUCUAGUAUCUUUGUGGUUAAGUUUCUCAUUGAGUAUCCUUACUAUGGCAGCACUUCUAUGUGGACAUCAACGCUUCCAUUGGAUUGAUGAAUUUUCUUUUUGAUUAAUAAAUUAUGACCACCUUUAUUUUUAUUUUUAUUGUAUUCAGCUCAAAAUACAAGAAGUAUCAAACGCAUACCAUUUGUUGGUGUCCCUAGCUGGCACUAGGAGUGAGGUGGAAGGAUGCAAAAAAAAAAGAAAUAUUAUAAUCUCUGCCCUCCAGGAUCUUGCAAUUUUUAGUAGAGAGGAUGAAACAUUACUGGUCACUGGCAAACAGAUUGGUGACUCAUAUUUUAAACACUGGUUAGAAAUAGCUGUGGCUUUUUUUUUCAAAAGUCAUUUUUCCUUUGUCUCUGUUACAUUUCUUUUAGAAGUCAACCUUUUAAACUUUUUUCCUUUCUGAUGUGGGGAUAUGCAGUCCUGAAAUAUUUUCAUGACAUCAGGAUUGUGGAGGCUGUCUUGGGCCCUCUUGUCCCUCAGGUUGUCAAUCAUUUACUCAAGCUGUCUUCACACAGCUUUGUUAUUUUAAAAGGCUUAUUAAUUUUAAAGCUUUUUUUAAAAAAAUAAGAAAAUAAUUUUGUUAUUUUUUCAUUAAACUGUCUCCUGAAUUUUUUCAAACAAUCUUUGUACCUUAAAAUAUUUCUUAAUCUCCAAAGCGUAUUUGUGGUGACCCAGAGGCUGUCAGAGAUCAUAGAUGCUUGCCAGGGGCAAAGAAUCUGAGUUGAGGGGAAGCCUUAGUCUAUUUCCAAAUCUUUAUCUCUAGGGGGAAUUUGUCAUGAAAGCCUGCAGAGGUGAGCUUUGGUCCUAAGACCCAGUAAUAUAUAUAGGGGCAGUUAACCUAAGUGCAAAAGGGAUUUUUCUCCCUAAUGUCCCCAAACUCCACUGUGCAUUACAAAUUCCUUGUAAAUAAUGACCCCUUCUUGGAGGAUGAUGACGUGGCUCCAGGGAUCCACUUCUUCUGAGUCCAUCCCAGACUGUUCUCCUUCCUUGAAGGCCUUGGUGUGAAGGGACCAAUAUCUCACCGGGGCUGAUUCUCUCGCUUUGUCCCCUAAAUUCCAGGUUAACUUUCAUACCAGGGCUUUUAUUAUUCCUCACUCCAAAUAUUUACAUGGGGUCUGUAUGAAAUAUGUACAAUUCUUUGAAUGUCUGAAAUUCUUUGAAUAUCCAUCCUUAAUAGAGAAUUUCAAUUUAACUUGUCAGGACAGUUUCAAAUAUGAUAUACAGAAGCUCUGUAUGUGAAUAUAUACAUUAUUUUCUUUAACAUAGGAGACUGUUCAAUAAAGAUGUCAUUGUGGU